GCAAUUUUUUCACUCUUCAAGAUUUGUAUUCUUUACACAUCAUUUCGCUUAAAACAAUUUUCAAAUUGAUUUAGCGAACAUUGUACCUGCUUGUACGGUUAGUUUCUUUAGUUCACCAUUUCAACUUUCGGUCAAUUUAGAAACAAGCUUGGAUUUUAAAUACCUUUAUUUUGAAAACACUGUCUCACUUCCGCAGUUGUCAUGGAUUAUACCAUUAUGCUGCAAAUGGGGGAGUAGAUAUUGUGCUAUUUUUACGGAGGAUUUUAAAGUGUCACUGUAAUUUGAUGGAAUUAUUAAAAUAACUUUAUUGUUAAAUUAAUAAAAUAACAGUGGACGGGUCUUCAUGGAGGUUCCUGUUGUUAAGGGAUCCGGGAAUCGUUGGCUUUUGCCUGCAUGGUAAUUCCGUUUCCCAACCCUCGUCUUCGGAGUUUUCCGGCGUCUCUCUACCGUUUGCUCGUUUUUCCACUGGGAGCAGAGGCACCGACGGACGGACGGACGCGCGCGCUCGAACCCAGAAGAUGGCAGUACAACCCCGUUUGCUCAGCUGCCUUGACUCCCGGUGAAGAAGAGCUCUGCUUGCAGGAAGCAUGGCGCGGGUCGUGUGUUGGUUUGUUCUCCGGCGCAGCGGGUAACGGCGGCGUCAAGCGGGUUUCGACCCGACCAACGGCGGCGGAGUGACCCUUAGGAGACUCGUCGGGCGGUGGUUCAAAUCCCACCAUGGACGACGGCGCCGUCCAGAGGGAGGCGUGCCGUCCGAGGAAGGUGUCCUCCUCGGAGCUCCUCGGGGCUAACGGCCUGCAAGAUGGCGAGGCGGUCAACGCUCCGUUUUCCCGGGAAGCGCAUCUUCUUCCGGCGGGCGGGCUGAGCGCGGCGGCCCGGCGGGCGGAGUGGAGGAACUCCGCGCCGCAGGUGGUGCACCAGAGACACAUGCCGAUGGAGCCCAAGAAGUUCCAGAUUCCGAAGAAAACAAAGGAGCAGAGAGCUCUCUUCCAGCACGUCUCCAUGGAGUCCAGAGAGUACGAGGACAUGAAGAGCAUCCUCACCUGCAGCUACAUCCAGCCAAACUCUGCCGGCCGCUUCACCUACAGCAGGCCUCGGCUCGUGCACAGCGAGCUGCUGGAGAAGGAGUUUGUGGAGAAGAGGAAGGAGAUGAAGGCUGAGGGGAGGACGGAGAAGGAGCUGGAGGAGAGCUACUGUUUCUUGUUGGCAAACUCUGAGGAGCUGCCCCUCCUCUGUGAAAAGGGCCUGACUGUGGGUCACAGCGGGACGACGCUUCUGGGGAACCCCAGUAAAGGUGUGUAUCUGUCCAAGUACUCGGAUCUGCUGCAGACGAGUCCCUUCACGUCUGGAGCAACAGGAGAGAUCAUCAUCUUCAAAGUGAUGAAGGGAAAAGUGAAGAGCAUCUACGAAAACAUGAAGAAUCUUCUGGACCCCACACCUCGCUUUGACGCCCACAUUGCCAAGAACGCCAGCAAAGUUACCUCGCUCACCUGCUUUCGCGCCUUUGACCUCACACAGCAAUACUUUUAUGAGUAUUCUUUCGAUGAACUGCGGCCUCGACCUCGCCACGUCUGUCCGCAUGCCGUGGUCUUCUUCCAGGUCAAAGGAAAAGAUGCUCCGCCUCCCAGCAGCCCUCUAGUCCCCAGCAGCAGGUUGACGAGUCGCUCCUGUGACAGGAAGGAAGAAUCCUCUGAGUUCACCGUAUGGACCGGGGAUCUGGUGAAGGAGGAUCAGGUUCUCCUGCAGAUCUCCCUCCAGUCCAGCUCGCCUCCCUUUCUGCCCCACAGACUACCAGAAAAGCUGCAAAUUGGGAAUUUGCUGAGGAUUGACCAUGUGACCAGGAUGCUGCCCUCUGGCGUUCUGUGCUAUAACUCGUACAGCGGCAGCAGAGAAGUCGUGAACAAAGGUUUUUACUGCAGCCUGCUGGAGGUGACCAGCAGGAACCGCUCAACGUCCAGCGUGACGGCGCUCCUUCGGGAACUAGAGGUUAAUAACGUGGUUCUGGUGAGUCCGCUUCCAGACAGAGGCUUUCUGCUGCUGCUGUCCAGCGUUCAGAUGGCGGCGCCAGCAGAUAGAAGGGAGAACUGGAAAAGGCGUCUUCAUGCCUUGUUUGUUUUCCAAGAAUCCCGGGAUGUCGCUAAACUCCCAUCGCGAUGUGACCCCUCCACACUAGAGUCCUCGUGGUCCCUCCCCCCCGUCAUGCCACAUCUGAGCGCCUUCAUCCCAGCGUUGCAUCACGCUCUGAUCAAAGCCAGAGCUAACUGGCCCGCCAAUCUUCCUGCUGGUGUGGAGCACCAGGCACAGGAAUACUUCAGCGGCCUGAAGGACGGCAGUGUUCCUCAACACCCCAUGCCCGAGUACGACUCCGUGCUGGAUGACGAGGGGAAAAGCCUCCCCCCGCCCAAACACCAUCACCUCAGCAGGGACAGCUACCUGCACUCCUACCUGUCCGGGCCCGACCUCUACCUCCUGCCGCUGGUCCGGGCCAAGCGGCAGGUGGAGGCGCACCUUGGUCCUGAGCCGCAGGAGCCCAGCUCCAGGAACAGCCACAAAGCCCCGGGGAGAGAGGCGCAGGACAACAGCGAUCAGAGGGUGCGGCAGCUGCUAGACCUGGUGAUGACCUGCAAGAGGAACGCAGAGAAUGAGCUGAGGAGGGAGAAAGGAGAGAGAACCAGAGCUCCGGAGAAGAAGAGGAAGAUGGAGCAGGAGACGGCGGAGAGAGCGCUGAAGUACUUCAAAGCUUCGCAGGAACCCGCAAAACCCGACAAGACUGCAGGAAACAGAAGCCCCCCGGCGCCGCUCUCGCUGUCAUCCGUGAUGCAGUCCUUCGGUUUACAGGAUAUCGAUUUGAAGGGAAACGGAUCCGAACCCACUGCUACGCUGAUCGGCCAGUUGACAGGUCUCAUCCAGACCGCCAAUCAGAACCUUCAUGAGACGCAGGGGGAGGGGCCAAAGGAGUCCAACCUGCCCACCGCCUGUGACGUGGAGCUGCAGGAGGAGAUGGAGGAGCAGACUGCAGGCAGCAUCAGUAGUUCGGAAGGAUUCAGUCCUGGCUCUCACAGCGGGGAGACGUAUCACCAUGGCGACGGAGGUAGAGGAGGACUUCGGAGGAAAGUGGAGCAUCCGGAGGAAGAGGAGGAGAACUGGCCGAUCCCGUGGAUCCUCAUCCCCAUAACAGGUCUGAGUUCAGAGAGGUACUCCCAGAGGGACCGCAACCUCCCCCAGGACCCCCGGUUCCAGUCGGUCACCGCGGCAACAGGCGCUCCUACCGCGGCCGCGCCAUCCAAUAAAAGCCCCGCCCCUUCCCCUGAGCACAGCCCCCCUCUUUCACCUGCUCAGUGCCCCUCCCCUGUCCCCAGCCCACCCACCUGCCCCUCACAGUGUCCGUCUCCCCAACCCAGCUCCCCCCCUUCACCAUCUCAGUGCCCGUCCCCAGAGUCCAGCCCCCCCUCGUCUCCUCUGCUCUGCCCGUCUUCAGACCCAGAUGCCCCAAUGCCCCCCGCCCCCUCUGAAAACAGCGCCGCGCCACCAUCCCCGUCUUCCUCCCAUGAGCUCAAAAAGCCCCCCCCAUGUGAUCAACAGCUUGCCUGUGCUAAUGAGCAACAUCCAGCCCCCCCACCCCCCUGGGAGUUUCCAGGAGUCCUUACAGGAGGCGCGGUGGAGAAGCCGCCCCAUUCCCCGCCCACGCUCCCACCCCAUCUUCCAGCUGCAGGUUCCUGGACUUCACCCUCCGCCCCCCUGGAGGGGAAGGAGGUGGAGGAACUGACCCCCCCUCCAUCUAUAGAGACUGACGUCAAACUGGACGGGAGGCAGGAGGAAGGUGCUGUUCUGGGGGGGUCCAGACGAGCAGAGCUGCAAGGUUUAGCUGAGGCGCCCCCUCCCUCCGCCUCCUCCUGUACUGUCGACAUCACUGUGGACAAACAUCUGGGAGACUUUUCCUCUGAGAUGCAGUUCCUCCUGCAGGAGGAAGGUGUUUACUACAACUCCCAGCAGCCCCCACCCUCAGCUGUACACUCAGAACCCCCUACAUGUUUGAGGACAGUCCCGUGUGCCCCCAUACCCAGCUUUUCUCAUUAUGUGACCCUCUACCACCCCAGCCCCCCGGUCCAGGACUACAUGGUUUCUCUGCAGAGCAGCCUGAACGACAUGAUGGCGGCGUUUGAAGGCGUCUGUGCGAGCCAGAGGGCGGACGCCGGCCACGCCGACGCCUCACUAGCAAACACCGUCCGGGAUUUCGUGGCCAGUGUCCGUGCUGCCAACGCCCCGACAGGAAGUGACGACGCCCCUUUUGUCUGUAGUGAGCAGACUGACGGGUCUGUCCGUCUCCACGCCGAGCUCCUCGGAGGAGGCGGAGCAAGGCGGUCUGAGUCCGCAGACUGCAGCCCGCCUCCUGGAGUCGCACUGCCGGAUCUUUCUUCCGGAUCCGGGUCAGUCUAUAAGUCUGGAUCCGGAUCCAUGGAGACCAGCACGGAGAGGACUCAAAACGCCAGAGCGACGGUCCGCAUCGCCAAUGAAGAGGAGGAAGGCGUCGCUACAGGUCCAGGCUGCACUGGAACCGGGCCCACUCCCUCAGAACACCCCUGUAAGCUGGGUACCAGCAUCGCUCCGGCACCAGAACCCGAAGUCUGCCCAGGGUCCGCUCCGUCCUCCAAAGACCUGAACUCUGUGAUCCACCAGCUGCAGCCGGACGUGUUAAACAACCUGCUGGAGAUCAUGAAGGACAUCAAGAAGAAGUCCCCCCAGUUCUACAUCCACUGCCCCGAGGCGGGAGACCGGGCCUGUGAGGAGGUGAAGGACGAACUGCUGAGACUUGGCAACGUCCAACAAAGUCCGGUCGACUUCCUGAGUCAGGAAAACCCGGAAAGCGGCCUGCUGGUGAUCAUGAGGAACAAAGACAUCGCCGCACACGUGCACGAGAUCCCAGGCCUGGUGUCUUUGAAGCGGCGCCCCUCGGUGGUCUUUGUGGGAAUCGACUCGCAGGACGACUUGAAGAGCAGCGGCUGGACAGAGCUCUUCGUUUCUGGAGGCUGCAUCGUCUCAGACGAGCUGCUCCUGAAUCCAGACGCCAUCACCUGCGAUCGACUGGCUGCUCUGCUGCAGCUCCUGGAGCAGCACAGCUCUCCACAGAGCCUCUGGAGGUGGAAGAUCCACGGCAAAACCCAGAGGAAACUGAAGGAACAGGCCAGGUUUCGCAGAGACGCUGCUAACCUGCUGGAACUGCUGUCGGCCUACCAGAAGCGGCAGGUGGUGGAGGUCCUCCCGUACCACCGCUGCGACAUGCUGAACGUCCGCUCGCCUGACCUGGACUGUCUGCUGCAGCUCCAGGCUCAACACACGCAGUUCCGACACAUGGUCUUCCUCACAGAGCGUCACGUGGAUCAGCCCCUCCUGUACUCCGGUGGGGGGAUUAUUGUGGCGGAUGUGGAGGAAACUCUGCAGAGCCUCAGCAGGCUGGCCGGCCGCCACAACCCGAAGGACAAAUGUUUGUUUCUGGAGGAGCUGCUGGCUCCCAAAGGGCUCUGUAAGCAGAACACCGGUUUGGACCUGGUUCCUGAAUGUUCUGCCAUCCCAGAACCACCCGACCAGCUACAGGGCAUCAACAAACCCCCAGAAGUCCCCCCUCUGCCCUGCUCCAGCCUCCCUCCUGGCCCGGAAGCAUCUGACCAGCUCUUCCCGGACGCCGCCUCCAAAGACCGCCUCCCGCUGGCGACCAGCAGGGACAUGGAGUUCCUGCAGCAGGCCAUCAAGCAGCUGAGGGCGGAGCGCCAGGAGCAGCUGCAGCGGCUGCGGCUGCAACGGGAGCUGCUGCAGUCGCAGGCAGAGCCCACCCCCCCCAAACCUCCCGGUCCCAUCAACGGCCACAACCCCCCUCUCCUGACCCCGCCCAUCCCCAGCAGGAAGGCUGCGCAGUCACCACCUUCCGACCCUCUGUUGUGGGAUCGGGGUGGGGGGGCACCAGCCACUGAGGGCCAGCAAGAGGGGGGGGCUGAAGGAAACUGUACUGCAAAUACCGAGGACCCCUUUGACCCCCCUGCCCGUCAAAACACAACCGCAGUCGUGCCGAGGGGCCAAAGAGAAGCAGGCGGCGAGGAGAGGGAGGAGGAGUCUGCAGAAGGAGGCGGAGCCACCAGCAGUCCAGCAGAGGGCGACAUUUCCCAGGAAGCAGCGUCUGUCCCAGAGGUGGCGGUCAGCAGAAGUACGUCAGCAGUAGCGACGCAGUCCAGCAGCAGAUCAUCUGUCGUCGUCAUGGAGACGGAUGAGAAAAAGAACUGUCAUGCGGCCCAACAGCUCAUAACCAGCCAGCCCCCGUCUUACUGCCAGCUGCGCCAGCGCAGCGUGGGCCUCCUGCAGACCCCUCACCUGCCUUCAAUCUACGCCCAAUUCCUCCCCCCACGCCCCACCAGAGGCUUCAUGCGGCCCACGCAUCUUUGGCAGGGCACAGGUCCCCCCCUGGUCUGGGGCUUUCAGCAAACCAGAAUGGAGUUCCUCGGAGGGUACUACAGCCCUGCAGGGGGCAACAUGCACCGGGGAGGACGACGAGGGGGGGGCUUCAAUGGACUUUAGAGAGAAACUAGCACAUGUAAUCAGAGCAGCACUUCCCAGAGCCAUCCUUUCAGACAUGUCUGCUGUGAUGCAGAGUGGGCGGGGCUCCAGGAAAAUAUGUAAAAAUAUUAGAAAAUUUAAUACGGACUUCAAUAUUCUGAUGUGCUGAUUGCCUGCGCCGCAGUCGGCUGCUCUGGAGCCGCAGUCGGCUGCUCUGGAGCCGCAGUCGGCUGCUCUGGAGCCGCAGUCGGCUGCUCUGGAGCCGCAGUCGGCUGCUCUGGAGCCGCAGUCGGCUGCUCUGGAGCCGCAGUCGGCUGCUCUGGAGCCGCAGUCGGCUGCUCUGGAGCCGCAGUCGGCUGCUCUGGAGCCGCAGUCGGCUGCUCUGGAGCCGCAGUCGGCUGCUCUGGAGCACCUUUGACCCAACAUGUUCACCUUUUGUUUUUUUUGUGGGUCCGUGACCCCCCCAGCUCUCCUUUUUAGUUUAUCUGGAAGUCAGACUUGUGAGAGAUCUUCUGAUCGUUCAGGGAAACCGUCUCCACACACUAACUUAUUUCUAUAAAAGGUUCUCCGUUUGGAGGAAUCUCGUUUUCUUCUAGCGACACUCGGGCCGCUUUUCUGUUUGUCAAACUAGAACUUAGAGUCCAGCCCAGAGGGCCGUGCUGCCUUCAGGGCCUCCGGUGGACGGAAAACUGAAGACUUUGGUUUUUGCUCUGGGAGCUGCUUGUUCAGUCGUUUGUAGGACCAGAUUUUAAUGUAAAUGUUUUUUAUAUCAAACUGUUUGUAUUAAAAGUUUGAGAAAUUCGA